AUGGCGGCGGCCGAAGAGGCCGGAGGUGACGGCGAGCAGUGGCGGCUGUGGCUGCCCCAACAUGUUGUGUUCGUGCGGUUACGCGAGGGGCUACGGGGGCAGAGCCCUCCCGCUCCCGGCGCCGAGCAACCAGGGCCGCCCAGCCUCACCCGGAACCUUCUUUUCGGGCUCGGCGCUGAACUCUUCCUGUGGGACGGCGCGGCCGGCGCUUUCUUGGCUGUACGCUUGCGCGGCCCGGGCUCCGCCUCCGGCGACGGGAGCGGGGGUGGCAGCGGGAGCGGAGGCGGCGAGGGCCCCGCCCUCGGCCGUUACCAGAGAUUGCUUUGUAUAAAUCCGCCCCUUUUUGAAAUCUACCAAGUCCUGUUAAGCCCAACCCAACAUCACGUGGCACUUAUUGGAACCAAAGGCCUCACUGUAUUGGAGCUACCGAAACGAUGGGGGAAAAACUCGGAAUUUGAAGGCGGGAAAUCAACAGUGAACUGCAGCACGACUCCCAUCGCUGAAAGGUUCUUCAACAGUUCCCCGUCUCUGAGCCUGAAGCAUGCUGCUUGGUACCCAAGUGAAGUGCUUGACCCCCACGUGGUGCUGCUGACAUCAGACAACGUGAUACGGAUCUACUGUCUGCGGGAGCCCCAGAUUCCAGUGAAGGUGAUCCCCCUCUCUGACACCGAGGAGGAGAGCUUGGUCCUCAAUAAAGGGAGGGCGUACACGGCGUCCCUCGGAGAGACGGCGGUCGCCUUUGACUUUGGCCCCCUGGCGACGGUGCCCAAAAACGUGUUUGGGCAGCGCAGCAAAGAGGAGGUGCUGGCCUACCCGCUGUACAUCCUGUACGAGAACGGGGAGACCUUCCUCACGUACGUGAGCCUGAUGCAAAGCGCCGGGACCCUGGGGAAGCUGCUGGGCCCCCUGCCCAUGCACCCGGCCGCCGAGGACAACUAUGGCUACGACGCCUGCGCCGUGCUCUGCCUGCCCUGCGUGCCCAACAUCCUCGUCAUUGCCACCGAGUCGGGGAUGCUCUACCACUGCGUGGUGCUGGAGGGCGAGGACUCCGAGGACGAGCAGCACUCCGAGAAGUCCUGGGACUCCCGGGCCGACCUCAUCCCGUCUCUCUACGUGUUCGAGUGCGUCGAGUUGGAGCUGGCUCUGAGGCUGGCCUCCGCCGAGGAGGACGACGACGACCCCCUCGAGUCCGACUUCUCCUGCCCCAUCAAGCUGCACCGAGACCCCAAGUGUCCGUCCCGCUACCACUGCACUCACGAGGCCGGCGUCCACAGCGUGGGGCUCACCUGGAUCCACAAACUCCACCGAUUUCUCGGCUCUGACGAGGAAGACAAGGACAGUUUGCAAGAGCUCUCGGCGGAACAGAAGUGCUUCGUGGAGCACAUCCUCUGCACGAAGCCUCUGCCCUGCAGGCAGCCGGCGCCCAUCCGAGGCUUCUGGAUCGUGUCCGACGUCCUGGGGCCCACCAUGGUGUGCGUCACCAACACCUACGAGUGCCUGACCAGGCCUCUGCUGAGCACGGUCCACCCCACGUCCCCUCCCCUGCUGUGUGCCCGCGAGGACGUCGGCGCGGCCGAGUCUCCCCUGCGCAUUCUGGCCGAGACCCAGGACUCCUUCGAGAAGCACAUCCGGAGCACCCUGCAGCGCAGCGCGGCCAAUCCCGUGUUUCUGAAGUCCUCCGACAAGGACGUGACGCCGCCUCCCGAGGAGUGCCUCCAGCUGCUGAGCCGGGCCACGCAGGUGUUCCGAGACGAGUAUAUCCUGAAGCAGGACCUGGCCAAGGAGGAGAUCCAGCGGAGGGUCAAGCUGUUGUGCAGCCAGAAGAAGAAGCAGCUGGAAGACUUGAACUAUUGCCGAGAGGAGAGGAAGAGCCUCCGCGAGAUGGCCGAACGGCUGGCAGACAAGUAUGAAGAGGCCAAAGAGCGCCAGGAGGACAUCAUGAACAGGAUGAAGCAGCUGCUGAGGGGCUUCCACUCGCAGCUUCCUGUCCUCUCCGACAGCGAGAGGGAGAUGAAGAAGGAGCUGCAGCUGAUCCCAGAGCAGCUGCGGCACCUGGGCAACGCCAUCAGGCAGGUCACCAUGAAGAAGGACUACCAGCAGCGCAAGAUGGAAAGGGGGGCCAGCCCCCAGAAAGCCACCAUCACGCUGAGCGCCUACCAGCGCAAGUGCAUCCGCGCCGUGCUGAAGGAGGAGGGUGAACACAUCCGGGAAAUGGUGAAGCAGAUCAACGACAUCCGCAACCACGUGAACUUCUGACCAGCCCCGGCUCCCCCCCCAUCUGUGUGUCUGUCCGUCCAUCUGCCUUUUUAUAGAGGACGCGCCGGUCCUGAAUAAAUACUUUUCUAAGGAA